UUUCAAGGUGAUAACAGUGUAAUUUACGAAAUGGGUUAUGUCGCACUUGAUCAAAGAUUAAUUUGUGAGACAGUUCACAAAUGAAAACAUCGACAGUGUUUUGAACAUCGCAUGCACUUGUACAUGUACAAUACAUCAUAUAUGAACUGCAUGCGCGUAGUACUAAACAGUGGUCCACGUCGAAGCGUUGUAUUCUAACUAACCAACUCAGGAUAUUUGAGUGACAAUAUGGCCGAAGCUACGAGAACGGUUGUUCUUCCUGUCGAUUUGAGUGACCACGCCGAGGCAGCUUUCGAUUGGUUUGUUGACCAUAUCCACAAAGAGGGAGAUAACGUAAUAAUUUUAUUCUCGCAAGAUUGUACCAUCCCGUCAUCUACGUUCUACCAACAAAGGAAUGUGGAAGUAUUUCAAAACAUUAUCAAGACAGCCAAAGAGAAUGCAAAAGAGCUUGUCAACAAAUACAACGCUAAACUGAAGACUACUAAGAUGAAAGGCAAGGUCGAGUGUAUAUUUGACUCUGUCCCUGGUCAGGGAAUAGUAAAGUUUGCAAAAGAAAAUCAAGCUAGCCUGGUGGUAAUGGGGAGUAGAGGACUAGGGGCGGUGCGGAGAACAAUACUUGGAAGUGUCUCAGAUUAUGUGUUACAUCACAGUCAUUGUCCAAUAGUCAUCAUUCCUAAACAUUGACGUAUUCAUGUUUGCAUCAGUGUUCCAUUUAGUUUUCUUAGUAUAUGAUUCCCAUUAGCAUUCGUUUUAGUCAUCAUUCAAACAUAAAUGAACGCCCCUCCCUUCCCCCUAGACCUUUCGUGAUUUGUUUCUUAUGAAUCAGCUAAUGCGCCAACCCCUGCGCGUGUAUUUGUGUAACGUAUGCUUUACGUCGACGUCAAUAUCUUAAACCGUUACUGAUGGAAUUUGUGAAUAUGAAACUAUAAUAAUUGCAAUCUAAAGUCUAAUUACAUCUAAAGUUAUAUAAAUUAAUUUAGCGUAAAAUGGACAUUGUUGUUCUUUUGUAUACAAACACACCAUUGACAAGCGUUUUACGUUAUUUGUUUUUUUAUUUAUAUUACUAUUUAUUUGUAUGUU